UGAAUACCAUGGAAAGGAAAAAAAAGAGAAACAACAAGGACAGCGACGUCAGUUAGCGAGUUGGCUAAGUAUAAAAUCAGGGUUGUUUUUUUCUAAUUAUGAAAUUGUACAGAAGAUUUUUUUACAACAUAUUUCUGAAAGAUUGGAUUAAAUAUCAGCGAUUCAUGGCGUAAAUCUGCACAGAUUAACCUGUGUGCGAUAAUGGACUGGAUCAGUCAUGUACAAUUCCAAGGUUUCGUGGUUAAGCUUUGCUUGAGUGUGUUAUGCAGUGCUUAGCAACACAAAUUCCAAAUUAUACUGCGCUAACCUGAGCCAGACAUUUCCUCAUCCUCCUGGAGAUUAGCGGACCGUGUGACGGGUUAUGACGGACCCCUGAGCAUCCUUUGUUUUGGCUUUUUGAGAACGACGGACGUCAUGGAUGAUCUAGAAGAGUUGAGAACCGGGACGCGUCCGGACGACGGACCGGCGAGUGGGGGCAUGUGCGAGGAGUCUGUGCCGAGUGUGUCAGAGGAAGUGGAAACAUCUCGGGAGGUGCCGGAGGAUCUGAACUCCGAGUCACCUGGCGCGAAACAGGGUGAGCAGGAAGACCCGGAGAAGGUAGAAGAGAGCGGAUACGCGAGAACUAAUGGAGGUACGGAUCAGCUGGAGGAAGACGGAAACAGUGUGUUCGAUGAAGCGGAUGAUGAGAAAGACGGUUGUAGGAACGCUGCCGCAAAGGAUGCGUCGGGAUCUCGCGGGAAGAAAGGAAAGUCGAGAAAAAGUGGCUCGGGUUCAGGUGAACAGUUUUCGUCCUGGAUGUCGCCUCCAUCCUUUUCCUCAUCCUCUGGAGCGAGCAGACAUAAACAGAUCCGCCGGAGGAACCACCACUAUCACAACCAGGGCCGUCUGAGAAGACAAACUGGCUUCCAGCUCAUGGCGACGUUCCGAGAUUUCCUGUCCGAAUCCGUCAGCCCGUGGAGUAUUUCCUGCGUCCAUAUGGUGGUGGAUCUGAUCGUGUCUCUGACCCACCACUGCGGCGUCGCCGUCGAAUCUGGAGCGAUUGCACUUUACGACCUCGGCAUGUUCAUGCUCUUUAAGGUCACCGACGUCCCGGGAAUGAAGCAGGAUUUAAGACGUGUCGUGGAUCGGUCCCGGAGUUUGGCUGCAGCUCUCGCGGGCUGGGUUUACAAAUCCACGUGCUCUGCACACCGCGCACUGGUUUCAGCUUUCAGUCUCAUUAGUAGCGUAGUGUUCCUAAGUGCCGGGGUCAUGAGGAGUGUUGUGGAGAGGUUGGGUGGAGACAGAGGCAGGCGAUGGUGGCUCGGUCUUCAGAACUGUUGGAUAAUGAAGAAAGGAGUCACGCUUAUGGGAAGGAUUAGAGUAUGGUUGUGGAAAAGUGGCUCCGAACACGUGACAGUGAAUCCAGAGUCUCCAUCCAGGAUGGAGCGGAGUCAGCCUGGACAAGAGCUCGAGAGACUGCUGGCAUUAGCACAGAUCCCUGAAGAUGAGCUGGACCCGUUUAACGUGCUGGGCGUGAACACACAUGCCACGGAGUCGGAGCUUAAGCGGGCCUAUAGACAGCUGGCUGUACAGGUCCAUCCAGAUAAGAACAAGCACCCUCGAGCCGGUGAGGCUUUUAAAGUCCUUCGAGCGGCGUGGGACAUCGUGAGCAACCCAGAGACCCGGCGCGAGUACGAGCUGAAGCGAAUGGCAGCGUCGGAGCUCUCCAAGUCGAUGAACGAGUUCCUGACGAAGCUGCAGGACGACCUGAAGGAGGCCAUGAACACCAUGAUGUGCACCAAGUGUGAGGGCAAACACAGGCGGUUUGAGAUGGACCGCGAGCCUCACGAAGCGCGAUUCUGUGCUGAGUGUAAUAAACGGCAUGGCGCUGAGGAAGGAGACCUGUGGGCUGAGUCCAGCAUGCUCGGUCUGAAGAUCACCUACUUCGCCUUCAUGGACGGAAAAGUCUAUGACAUCACUGAGUGGGCGGGUUGCCAGCGAAUAGGAAUCUCCCCUGAUACACAUCGUGUCCCCUAUCACAUCUCUUUUGGCUCCAAAAGUAACAGCAGUUCCAACCGCCACAGAUCUCCCUCAGGCCAUACCCCAGCUCCAGGCUCUCCCUCCGACUUGCACGAUUUCUUCAGCCGUAUUUUCCAGGGUGCGCCGGGCAGCGACGCCUCGUCCAACGGUGGAUUUUUCUCACCAGGAUCACCCCCGAAUCACCCCGGGGGGGCCGGCUCAGGACCGCCUCCUCAGCCCGGCUUAUUUACCCAGCGAGGAGAGACGAGCGAAAGCUGGAGCGAGGUAGGAAAAGGACAGCGUAGGAGGAAAAAAGCACGCAAGCCUUUUCAGCGCUGAGCGCCGGCACGAUGAUCUACGACGGAGGAGAACAUCGGACUGCGGCGACGCCUGUGUUCUGUUCUUGACAGACAAUGGACAGGUCGAGGGAAAGAACGGAGGGGUCUGUGAUUGCGCGCGAAAUAAUGUCCGUGCCAAUAGGAACUCGAGAACACAUCGGUUUGCGAAAGAAAAUUCAACAAUAUCAAAGUGUUGUUUUUUUUUUUUGUUUUUUUUUUUUACACUAUGAGCUCAUCCAUGCAGAAAACAAUUAUUUUGCCCAUGGCUUUUUUAAAAUGUUAUUUUUAUUUGUUUUGCUUCCUGUCAUGCAGGUAGGCGAUAGCAUGGCUUUCUCAAUGAAGUUUGUGUCGUUUUUGUUUUGGUUGUUUUUUUUGCAUCAGUGUUUUACGAUUCUUCUUAACAAUCAGCCAUGAAGACACCUCAGGGAUGAUCAGAUGGUCUGCAAGGGCAGAAUGACACACACAGCUCAUAAUAUCAUCGUAACGAUCGUCCGUAGUGGUUCAGUUUCAUUUAUACUUGAAUUUAUUUUGCGAUGUUUGUUUUUUAAAGUUUGAGUUUUGCCUCGUUUGAAGCAGAGGUUAGACGUGAGGUGCAGAGAAAUGUCAUAAAGCCUCCAUGAGGACUGACUGUUUGGAAACAUUUAUUAUUGGGUUAUAAAGACACGUUAAUAUUG